AUGUCGGAGCGGACACACGGAAACCGUGGUGGACGCGGCGGUGGAAGAGGUGGUCAUCAAGGUCGCAAUGACAAUGCCAGAUCUCAAGAAAAGCCAAAGAAGGAGGCUAUCCUCAACCUAGCCAAGUAUGUGGACAAGCAAAUUCGCGUGAAGUUUUCAGGUGGGCGAGAAGUUGUCGGCACUCUCAAGGGAUAUGACCAGCUUAUGAACCUUGUUAUGGAUGACGUGGAAGAAAUAUUACACGAAUCUUUGAGCGGAAACACGACGGGCGACCGCCGUACUCUUGGCUUGGCCGUGCUGCGUGGCACGAACCUCACCCUCAUUAGCCCAGUGGAUGGUUUUGAAAUGAUUGAAAAGUACGUGUACCUAAAAUAA